UGAAUAGGCGAUUUCGUUUUUGGUCAAUAUGAAUAGGUGAUCUGGUCGUUCUCUUUGUGCAGUGAAAAAGAAGAGGAUCAGUUCAAUCGCACUCUGUUAAUCCUAACGUUCAGUCGAGAGUAUGUCUUCAGUGGAAGAAGGGUCUUUAGCUCCAAAGCGUAGAUUAUCGUGUUCCACCUGCUUUGACGCUCUCUGGUUUUGCUAUUCUCCAGUGCAUCAGAUGCAGCAGUAUUAUAGACUUGGGGUACUUGAUAACUGUUCUGGGAAAUGGACUUCUCUUGUUGAUUGUUUGAGUUUGAAGACAAAACGGUCAUCUGAAGUGCAGGAAAUUUUGGAAACCCGGGAAAAAGCGAAGUCUCACAUCUGGACUUUUCGGACUCCCGAAGAAGCAUCGGUUCACUGGAAAGAACAAUUUGGACAUUUAGAUGAAAUGGAAUGAUGGAGAUUAAGUUCAGCAUCCUUCUGUGCUCCUCCUUUGAAAUUUUGCCCCGCAUCUGGUGAACCCAAAAAAUAGACUUUGAUUUAUAGUGGUAGCGAACCCACUUGAUUUAAAAUAGGGACAGAGAGAGUAAGAGAGUGAGAUCUGCAAUACAUUAUUCUUUGCUUGUUAAUUUUGUUUUUCUUUAUAGAGAAAUUUAAGUGGAAUGGGGUUCUAAAAUGACUAUUAUUAUUAUUUUCUUUUUAUGCUGUGGCAUAAGGGGCCAUGUCUUUAAUUUCAAAGUGAAGUUCACAGCAGUCUGGAAGGAAGAUCAACUGAAAAUUGUAACCGCAAUCACUGCAAUUUAUCUUUCUGAUCUGAA